AUGUUUCUGUGUAUAAUAGUGUCAGCCAUAACGUUCCUUCAACUUAUGGACUUGGUAUUGAUAGUAGAAAAUCAAGCCGAAUUCACCGAUAAUAUUUAUAUAUCGCUGUCGAUGAUUAUUGCUUGCUACAAAAUGUACAGCAUAUUACUGAGUCAAAAGAACAUUGGUGUUCUGACUAAUAUUUUGGAGGACGAGCCUUUUCAACCGAAGAACGAGGAGGAGAUCGAGAUUCGGCGGAAAUUCGAUAACAAAGCCAAGCAACAGGCAGUUUUAUACACGCUCCUAGUCGAAUCGUCAGUGACACUCUACGUCUGCGUCGACAUCUUGAAAUUCGACGACAAGAAAUUACUAUACAGAAUAUGGCUACCCAGCGAGCUUCUGCCUUCGGUACACAUCUUCAUUUAUCUCCAGCAAUCCUUAUCUCUGAUCGUUGGAUCAAUAAUACACGUUGCUUGCGACUCUCUGAUCUGGGGUCUUCUGAUUCACUCGUGUUGUCAGCUGGAAAUACUGGAGGCCCGAUUGAAGGCAAUUAAACGAGACGAUGAUCAGUCUGCGAAAUCUUCCGCUCGUUACCAUAAUCGUGUCUAUCGAUACGCUAAGAUGAUAAACCAAGAAUUUAAGAUGAUUAUUUUCGUUCAGUUCACUGCUAGCACACUGGUGGUGUGCUUUUCUCUUUAUAUAAUAGCCACGGCGAAAGAUAUGAAUGAUAGGCUACUGGUGAUCGCGGUGUACGAGUCUUGUAUGCUGGGACAGAUAUUCUUUUACUGUUGGUACGGUAACGAAGUGAAAUUAAAGAGUGUUCAACUUUCUGAUGUGAUAUUCGGAACUGACUGGAUGCAAUUUAGUAGGGACACCAAAAAAAUUCUUUCGGUGAUUAUGCGACGUGCCACGAUGUCCAUUGAGUUCACCAGCGUUUAUAUAGUGACUAUGAACCUCGAGUCAUUCGUAAGCUUGCUGAAAACUUCUUACUCUGCCUACAACAUGCUUCAAAGUAGCCACGGAUAGAACGGGCACGAAUCGCUCGAUCGUAGAAGAAAGAAGUUCACUCCCCGAAAAAUUUGUCCCGAUAUGUAAAUAUACGACUUUAGAA